UAAACCCCAUCGCUUUACUUUAAAACAAAAGAAACUAGAAAAGCCUUUUAAAGCCAUUUUAUCUCGAUGAAUGGCUAUGGAUCGAUGCGGUUGGAAGAGCUCCAUCGCCUCUACUGGUAUGAUCUUUAGCGCCUCCAUAUACCACACUCCUAGAGUCGUGAGAAAUGCCGCUCCAGAGAUUGAUUCCACGCCCCAAACAGCAGGCGACGAGAGUAGUUCUUCUCUCUCGCAGCGAAGAGUUUCCCUCGUCACAAAGCCCACCAGAGCUCCUGUGCUUUCCGAUAGCACCGCGAGUAUUGUUACUCCAGAGUCUUCGCGAAGUAAAAGUCCGGAUAGAAAUUCCCAGCACGGUGUCUGGGACUUGGAUUUAAUGGAUGUCCAGCAGCAGCCAGAGAAUCCGAGGCCUGGAAGUAGCACCAAUCUUUUCGUCGUCAAACCUCCACACAAGGAUCGAAAGACGAAGAAGAAAAGAAUGGAAGAAGAAGUACCGCACAACAAGAAGAUAUCUUCGCAGGCGGCCAUUGGACUUCUCAAACGCUCCGGCGAAGAAGCUGUGACUUAUAUGCAGGGCCUGGUCGGCCUCGUCAAGAAUCGGCCCUUCCUGUGGGACGAGAUUAUGCAAGAACUUGAAGCUCGAGGAUCGCGAAUCAAAGCCUGCGAACUCUUUUCUUUCCUCGACAAGCAAAGCGAGUACAAGCUCCACGAGCAAAACUGCGUUUGCAUCAUCGGGAUGCUGUCACGAGAAGGAAAGCUGGGAUUAGCGAGGGAAGUUCUCGAGGAAAUGAAAAAGAAGAAGCUCAAACUCAGUGCAGUACCUUACACGAUGCUGAUUCAUGCGUACGUGAAGCACGGUCUCGUGGAAGACGCUUGCAGCUUGUUCUACCGGAUGAUGAAGGAUGGCUGUGAGGCCACUGUAGUGACUUACACCGUCAUUAUACACGGCUACCUCCGGCAAAAAUCCAAGCUCGACCAUGCACUAAGGCUUCUUGAAGUGAUGAAAGAGAGCGGCAAGAAACCCGAUGAGAUACUCUACAAUUGCCUCGUAAAUGGCCUGGUAAACAGCGGCCGACUGGAAGCGGCAGAAAAGAUCCUGGACGACAUGAAGCGAGACAAGGUGUCAGCCAACUUGGUCACGUACACAAACCUGAUUAAAGAGUAUGCGAACACUGGAAGGUUGCAAGACUGUCGAAAACUCUUCCAGGAGAUGAAAGAUAAGGGAGAGUCUCCAAAUUCCUGGACUUACAACGCGCUCAUCCAGGGAUACGGGAGGAAAGGCCUGUUCAAAGAAGCAUUAGAGCUCUACGACGAGAUGGACGGAGUUGGCUGCGCGAAGGACGUGCAUACUUACAACAUCGCCAUCGCAAUGUAUGGCAAGCGAGGCCUGCUCGAGGACAUGGAACGCCUGCUAGACGAGAUGGACACCAAAGGAGUUCCUCCUGAUCAGGUAACUUACAACACAUUGCUCGACGUUUACGCGAAAAAGAGCUACUUCGUGAAGGCUCAUGAAAUCCUGAGAGAGAUGACCGAGGCUGGAUACAGGCCAAACAUCUGGACUUACAACAUCAUGCUGAGCUCCGCUAGAAAGGAGCAAAGCGUCGCGGAAGCUACGCAGCUCUUCGAGAAUCUCAAGUCGAAGGGAGUCGUUCCAAACAUCGUGACUUACAGUGCCAUGCUCAGUCUCUACGGCCGUCACGGACUUUACACUGAAGCUGCGAAGUUAUGGGACGAGAUGAUCGAGGCAGGAUGCAUACCGUGCAUCAUUGCCUACUCUGGACUGAUCGAGAGCUACGGCCACCAUGGAAUGUAUCAGGAAGCUCUUGCUUGUUUCCAGGACAUGAGAAAGUCCGGCAUCGUUCCAGACACCAAAAUCUACACAGCUCUGAUGGAUGCUUACGGAAAAGCUGGCCGGUGCAGAGAGGCCGAACUCCUAUACUUUGAAAUGACCAAGGAAGGUUUCGUGCCAGACGGGAUAACUUACGGCAUCUUGGUUAGAGCGUUUGCCAAUGCAGGCCGGCUUCGCGAGGGCCUCAAGUACCUCAAGAUCAUCCUCGAGUACGAGGAGCCAGAGAGUUACCUGUGCCAGAGGAUCAUCAGCCGGUACAAAAGCUUUUACGAGAUGCAUGCCGAGGAGUCGAGUGAGGAGGACGACGAUGACGACGAGGAGACUGAGAUGGAGUCUAGUGAGGACGAAAGUAACGAAGGCGAGAAGCACCAAAACUCUCUGUAAAGUUAUAUUAGAAGAAGAAAGAACACGAGAUCUUACUCA